AUGCAAUAUCAUUAUCAGGACGAGCGAGCUGCGCUCUCAACUUGGGCUCAGACCAUCUUCGAUUCUUCCCCGAGGGACUAUUAUUCCGUAUCAGAUCCGGGUGCUAUGUCGCGCGUCUCACCCCACCGUCCCGGGACUGAGCUGGCCGGCGCAACCCUCAUGCCAGACCAGUCGAGCUAUCCUUCGCUUUUUCGACCCAGCGCUGAAAUCCCUCCUUUCGUCGUUUCCUACCGAUAUUGGGAAGAUGACACCGUCCUAUGGGCCUUCGAUGUCCAGGAGAUCAAACGAGUCAUCCGCUACGGCCUUUUCCAGGAGGAAAACCUGCCCCGUCGCGCCUUACAGAACCGAAAUGCAGCCACCGUCGACAGCUUCCUUUUGUCACUCCUCGAGCCCCAAGAGAAGGCUUUCAUCUUGAAUUUAGCGCACGUGCAGAAAGUAGAGGAAAUUCUGCGCCGGUGCGCAGUCAUCAGUCCUCCCUGCGUUCCCUGGAGCUGGUUCCCGACCCAGAAGGAUCGGGCCCUGGACCCGAACGCUAUUGCCCAAGCAAUCGACGCUGAAAGCCAUCUCCACUUCACCCGGAUUUCGUUCGAAGAGAUGGUUCGUUAUUCUUUGGGAUACCGUGUCCAGACAGUCGACUGGUUCUUCCAGCAACAUACGGCUUUAUACAUUCACCUGCUGAACUACCUUCAUGAGUUUCCGGACGAAGUGGAAAGGUACAUUGAGGUCGAAAAGCAUCUUCGAACCCGAAGUCCGUUCGCCCACCGUGCCCUAGCACAAUGCCUCAUCACCAUGAAUCGAGGAGCGAGCCACGACAUAUCAUCGAGCGCAACCCCUGCUUUUGAAUUUAUUGCAGGCUCUAUCCAAGAACUCAUCAAGGAGCACCCUCCUAGCCUAACUGCCGUUUUGAAGGUGCUUUCCGUCCUGGCAGUUCGAUAUCAACGAGUCUACAUCCACGCACGGGACAUGAAUUGGUUCCAGCCAUUCGACAUCAACUACACCUUCUUUGAAGAUCUUACGGAAUCGAUCUCCGCCGUUGAUUUCGCACGAACCCUGACCAACGCCGACGUGAGGAGUUUCGCGGUCCUCACCGAGCAGGGCCUCACUGAGAAUGACACUGUGGUGGCUAACCUUGUAAGCAAAUGGGACGAUCUCAGCACUGUCGUUUGGGAAUGCUGCACUGCAUUACCACAAUUGAUUGGGAGCAUUCAAGACUGCGUUCAGGCUCUCUUUCUCAUCCGCAACUACCACUCCUUUACGGCCAUCCUCAAGGGCCUACAGAAAUACAGCAUCACCGAUUCAACUUUCAGCGCCACCGCCAGCUCCUCCGGAACCGUCGCUCUGAACCCCGUCCUCCCGCCCGAUCUACUGUACCUGCUCGACCCGGCUCAGAAUUUCCUGCUCUAUCGGCAACAUUUCGAGGGUGCUCCGGGAAUUCCGUUCCUACUUCCCCAUCUCCAGGAGUUCAGGGAAAUCGGCUUACCAGCAUACCAUCAGCUCUUUCAACAAAUGAGGACAACUAUUCCUUAG